UCAGUUAAUCCGGAAAUUAUUUUUGGACUCCGCUCCCUUAAAAAGUUAAUGUAGAUUAUUGACUUGGUCUGAAAUAAUAUUAUAAUGACAAUAAUAAUAAAAGGGAUUUAUGGAAGAUUGGUCAACUAGUUCAGUAGUAAAAAAGAAGCAAAACAGUAAAAAAGAAGUAAAAAAAGAAAAGAAAGAAAGGCGAAGAAGGAACUUAAGAGAUGAGAAAAGGGAAGAUUAUCCCAAACUCACUUAAAUGGCAACAUGUAGGUAACAUGGCUUUGCUGAGAAAGACAGCAAGAAAGGAAUAUGAAGCCAAAAAAUAAUUCCAAGAAGUGGACAAACCAUCAAAAGUGUUGUUUUGUUUAUGAACUGGCUACCCUCUAUUUCAUUUUGUGUUUUUAUAUAUAAAUCUCUCAUCAUAUCAUUAAUCCAAACAAGCUUAAGCUUCUUCCAUCUGGAAAAGAAAUGGAGAAAAAAUCAUCCGCUGUUUCAGAUGUUGGAGCUUGGGCUAUGAACAUUAUCAGUUCCAUUGGUCUCAUUAUGGCCAACAAGCAACUCAUGUCCCCAGCUGGUCUUGAUUUUGCUUUUGCAACUACAUUGACUGGUCUGCAUUUUUCUGUGACGGCAUUGGUUGGGCUGGUGUCAAAUGCUACUGGCUAUUCUGUGUCAAAGCAUGUUCCCAUGUGGGAACUUAUUUGGUUCUCAGUUGUUGCCAAUGUUUCAAUCACAGGGAUGAACUUGAGCCUCAUGCUCAACUCUGUUGGAUUUUAUCAGAUCUCCAAGUUGAGUAUGAUCCCUGUGGUCUGUGUAAUGGAAUGGAUUCUUAAUGGAAAACACUACUCGAGGGAAGUGAAGAUGGCUGUGAUUGUAGUGGUGGCAGGGGUUGGUGUCUGCACUGUCACAGAUGUCAAAGUUACUGCCAAAGGAUUUUUUUCUGCUGCUGUUGCGGUCUUGUCUUCAUCUUUACAACAAAUUUCAAUUGGGUCCUUGCAAAAGAAGUAUUCAAUAGGGUCUUUUGAACUGCUAAGCAAGACAGCCCCAAUACAAGCAAUUUCUCUGCUAGUAACAGGACCAUUCAUUGAUUAUUACCUGAGUGGUAAACUGGUGUCAGAUUAUGCUUUUUCCCCUGGUGCAUUUUUCUUCAUACUACUCUCAUGUGCUUUGGCUGUAUUCUGCAAUGUGAGUCAGUAUCUCUGUAUUGGACGUUACUCAGCAGUAUCUUUCCAGGUUUUGGGGCACAUGAAAACUGUGUGUGUCCUUACCUUGGGUUGGAUACUCUUUGAUUCAGAGUUGACAGUAAAAAACAUAACUGGGAUGGCUCUUGCUGUUGCUGGAAUGGUAGUGUACAGUUGGGCAGUUGAGGCUGAAAAGCAAAAACCCAAUAAGUUAAACCCUACCAUCAAAGACAAUCUAUCAGAACAAGCCAUUAAACUUCUGAUGCAAGGAAAGGAAGACAGCACACUGAUUAAAGACCAUGAGCUUGGCCAAUCCAAAGUUUAAGUUUAUGUCAGUCAUUGCACGAACAAAGCAAUAUAUAACUUCUUAUUUCUUU